UAAAACGAUCUUAUUCACCGCAGAGCUCUCAUUUUCACCUCACACUGACAUCACUCACGUUUGGCAAGUCAACACACUGCUAGGUCUCAAGAUGAGUUCUUCCUCGUCUAGUUCCAGUGAGGGGAGUUCGUCCUCCUGCUCCGCCAGUGCCAGUGGGGAUAAGUGUUCCUGCACGUGCUCCUCCUCCAGUGGGGGGUCGUCCUCGUCCUCGUCCUCGUCUAGCAAGCGAUUCCAGUCUGUCCUCAAGCUUCCAAGAGAUGGGACAUUUGAACUAGGCGUGGCUCAAGCAGGAACGCUGGCGGUGCUUGAUGAAAGACAGGUGGGUAUUAGUUCUAUCCGAAAUACCCACUCACCCAGCCCCCUCAUUCUUUAUCCAUAGUACCAACAUAUAUAGUCUCACGAAUCGCUCUUUCUCAAAAGACACAUUAUUUGUUGUUUAUUGUUGUUUAUUGUUGUUGUUGGUGUUGUUGUUGUUGGUGGUGAUGUUUCUUUGUUUGUUGUUGUUUGUUGU